UUUCCUUACGAUAUUUUUCAGCAAAACCAAAAGUUGUACUUGAUGAUACAAACACCAGUGUUUCCACAGUGGGCAUUAAAAGAAAUACAUAAUAUUUUGAAAGAGAAACAAAUAGUCUUGAAAGAACUUAAAGAGAGUACAAAGAAGUUAAUACAGCACUUGAAUAAUCGUCAUCCACCAUUAGAACAAUACGAGUUACCAGAAAAAUUACAGAAAGUAGAAGAGCAUUUGAAUAUUAAUAACCAAAAUGAAAAGAUAUUAAUAGAGGACAUAGAUUUUCUAAAAGAUGCAAAGUCCAGGAUGAUUUUGAAGCAACAUGUUUAUAACUGGCAACCAAUACAAUUUGAUAAAUUCACUUCCGUGACAUACCUGGUCGGUAGAAGUGUUCAGAAUUAUGCGGUUUUGCGUAAAAUUUUUGAUGAAAUUAAAUUACGCGACAAGAAUUUUAAGCCUCAAACAUUGUUCGACUUUGGCUCUGGUGUUGGCACAGUCAUGUGGGCAGCAUCUGAGAUCUGGUCGAAAACGUUAAAAGAAUAUUUUUGCAUUGAAAUAUCGGAAUCCAUGAUUGAAUUGUCGGAAAGAUUAGUGAAAGCUACCAAUCCAAAAAUCAAAGAAGUUUUCUAUCGUCAAUAUUUUCCUAUCUCGAUGAAUCGAACAUACGAUAUCGUAGUGAGUGCGUACUCUUUGUUUGAGUUAUCGGGUAUGGAAUCACGUAUCGAGACAUUAUUAAAGCUUUGGUUAAAGACUAACAACUAUUUAAUUAUUGUAGAAGAAGGAACUAAUGCAGGUUUCAAACUAGUAAAUGAAGCGCGAGAUUUCAUCCUCAAAUACACAAAUUCGAAACGCAGACAUGACAUACAAUUUGCUCAUGUUUUUUCACCUUGUCCACAUGAUUUGAAGUGUCCAAGAUUUGCCAACGACAAUACUCCAUGCAAUUCAAGCGUUCUGUAUCACCCAUUGCAAUUUAUGGGCGGUCGGCAACAUAAAUCAGAACGGUAUUCUUAUGUUGUCUUAAAGAAAAGCAAACGUCCUGAGAAUGAUGAGCAAUGGCCAAGGAUCGUGCGAACUGUACUAAAACGUUCUAAUCACACGAUCUGUCGCAUGUGCACCAACAGUGGAGAGCUGAAAGAGGAGAUAUUUACAAAAUACAAAAAUGGAAAGCAUAUGUACCGUUGUGCGAGAGAGAGUGAAUGGGGCGACAGAUUACCUAUUCAUUAUGAACAACAGCAAGAAAAUGUAGAAGAAACUGAAACAGUUAGUGAAACGGCUACUGAAAAUGAGAAUACGUUGAAUGAAGAAAUAAAGUUUCAUUAA